CCUCGAUUAUCUGAACCAUGUUCGGAUCGCGAACAGCCUCGCUGCACUGGCUUUGUCACAUGUCGAUCUUCGCAAUACUCCAUUACUCCAGAUCUUGGUGGAGCAUCUCUGUCCGGACCUACUAUCUCCGAGCUUACCCAAACCUGUUCCUUUGCCACUCGUCUUACAUCAGCCUGCCUAACUUUAAGCACACCUACUUCAGUUUCUCUACUGCCCACUACAACUUCACUGAGAACCAAUGGUGGCGACAGCUCCUGUGCUAUCACUUCUCCUGGGGUCAAUGCAUUUUCCGGAGCUCUAGUUGCGCUCACGCAGCCAACACAAGCAGGGCUUCUUGCUUCAGACCAGCAUCAUCUUCCUGUUAUCGAAUCAGUUAAUCAUGACCAAGUUUUGUCUGGAAGCGGUCCCAUAUCACCUGACAGUCAUCAUUUUCCUGUCACUCUAUCAUCAGAUCGUAUCAUCAUGGCUGGUAUCGAUGAUUCUAUUCUUUGUAAUGCUAGAACAGCAGAUUGUACUUUAGCAUCGCUGGCUGAUGUUGACCUAGAUCAGAACUAUCCACCGGCUCGCAUGGUUCAUGAUAAUGAAGUUGCCGAGGGCUUGGCUUUAUCUACUGCUCUUGAGCGAGCUGAAGCAGAGGUUUCCUUCGAGUGA